UUAAACAGGGGUGGAUGAUUUUGGUGUAGCAACAGCAACCUAGCAACAUGGAAUCUAAUGGCUGCCGUCAAUGCCCCAUUUAAAUAUCCUGUAUUAUCUAUAUAGUUACCUGUGGUGGCUAAGAAUAAAAUUCUAUAUUAAUAGUACUCAACCACCAAUGUAGCGCCAAAAUUAUUUUAUGUUCAUCAGUAAAGGUUUGCCUGUCAAGUCAUUUCCGUCAGUAGAAAAAAGCGACAACAAUAAAAAAUGUAAGCGCGAAGGGUUAUCGUCCCAUAGAAAAUUUGAAAUUCGCGCCUUUUUCUACUGACAAAAUUGUCUGAACGGCUAUAUUUGCAAUGUCCCCGUAAAUAAUGAAUUGUACACUGAAACUAAAUUUUAGGCGUAUUACCACCAAGCGCGGGCUUACGUUAAAUAUUACUAAUAACUUUAAUUAUUUGUAAGUACCUAACCUACUAUUAAGUACUACUAUUUUCAGAGUCAGCAUUUAUAAAAAUAUAAAGAUGUGGACAUUCAUCACAUACAUAAACAUAAGUAGAUAAAGUAAAUAGGAGUUCUUUAUUGAUUAACAGUAAACGCAAACAUUUAAGCUUUUACCGCUGAAUGUACUUGAGCCUCCUUAACUAGCCAGACAAGUAUAUAUACAACUUGACAUUAGGUUCUUUUGGUACAUAAUUAAAUUAAAAAAUAAUUAUAACCUAUCAAAACCUUUCUUUGUUUCAAUUUAUAUUGGUAAGCAUCCAAAACUAUUGUUAUCAGCCCUAAUUGUUUUGUAUCUGGCCGCCUGAUCAUUAUUUAUAGGGUGUUAGUCAGUUAAUCACUGAAGUGUAAGAUAAACAACUGUCGCUGGUGAUAAACGUUGUGUUUACGUAACAGAACGCGAGGCCGCUAUCUCGCCAAGCUAGAAUGAAAUAAGUAGCGCUCUCCGGUGCGGCGACGGCGGCGCGCAACGCCCACCUCCCGCCGCGCGUCGCUCACGACCGGCCGGCCCUGGCCGGCCCAACUGCCGCAAUCUAGCAAAAGCAAUCAAAUUCACUUGUCGUCUGUCAGUUUCGUUUGAUCUUUACCUCGCGGUGUAAACAAGUGCUCUACUAAAACAAAACUAUUAUUUGAAACUGUGACCAUGGCCGACAAGGAGUAUAUUCUUGGAAUGGACAUAGGGACCACCUCAGUUAAAGUGUGUGUUUACGAUCCCGAUACGAAAGAAAUAAUUGCCAAGCAAAACAAGGAUACUGCAGCUAACAUUCCAAGUGACCAGGGCAUCGAGGGGAACAAGCAGGAUGUACCUAAAAUAGUUUCAGCUGUGCACUACUGCGUGUCCCGACUGCCGAGGGAUGUUCUGCGGCAUGUUAAGAAAAUCGGUGUUUGUGGCCAGAUGCAUGGAGUGGUGCUGUGGAAGAACUCUGAGAACAAAGCUUGGGACAAAGUGGAAAAGGAUGGAAACGUAAUUAGAUUUGAAGCCGUCAGGGAGAACAUGUCGGCGUUGUACACGUGGCAGGACACAAGAUGUAAGCCGGAGUUUUUGGACGCCCUACCCAAGCCUGAUUCCCACCUCAAGUGUUAUUCAGGUUACGGGUGCGCCACGCUCCUGUGGAUGCUUGAACACAAACCUGAGAAAUUGAAGAACUUCAACUGCUCGGGCACCGUGGAGGACUUUGUAGUAUCAAUGCUUUGCGACUUGGACGUCCCUGUUAUGUCCGACCAAAACGCUGCCAGCUGGGGUUACUUCAACACUGAAAAGAAUGAGUGGAAUGUUGAUAUAUUACAGUCGAUCGGCUUUCCGGUCAACCUCCUUCCGAAAGUUGUGAAAAGCGGAGAAUUCGUCGGUAAAUUGAAUUCUUCGUGGAACGGCAUCCCUGAAGGCACACCAGUAAGCGCCGCGCUAGGAGACUUGCAAUGUUCGAUGUUGGCGACUCUAGAGAAUAGCCAGGACGCGGUCUUGAAUAUUUCAACGUCAGCUCAGCUUGCUAUUAUCGCCAAUAGCAUAUCAGACCUCGGUUGCAGCACCGUUGAGCAUUUACCUUACUUUGGGAACACAUAUUUGGUCGUAGCAGCCUCGCUAAAUGGAGGAAACGUUCUCGCGACAUUUGUAAAAAUGCUGCAGCAAUGGAUGCUGGAAUUCGGUUUUCCUAUUCCCCAGUCAAAGGUUUGGGAGAAGCUGAUUACGAUCAGUUCGGUGGCUCCGCCGCCGACGUCGGAAAUGAAAAUAAUCCCUCAUUUAUUAGGCGAGAGACAUGCGCCGACAGCCAAAGUCUCGGUGGUCGACAUUGACCUGUCCAACAUUCAUCUGGCUUCGGUAUUUCGGUCGCUAUGUGACAGUUUGAUUCAGAACUUGCACUCCAUGAUGCCUAAAGAAAUAUUGCGCAACGCGAAUAUUAAAAGAAUAGUUGGGAACGGGUCGGGAUUGUCACGCAACGUAGUUUUGCAGCGAGCCGUGGAGCAUUACUACAGCCUGCCGCUGGAGUUUACGUCGGGGGGAGAUGCAGCCAAAGGUGCGGCUGUAGCUGUGGUGGGGAAAUAAACUAUUACAGUCAUAAUAAUUGCCUACAAUACAGUCACUAUAUCUUCCGUAAAACCCCAUUGUGAUGUAAGCGCUAAGCGCAGAAAAUUACAACUCUGUAACCUGUAAGUAAUUAACCUUUGUGGUAAAAAGGUACCUAGUACCUAUACCGACCGUCAUGGUCACAGAUAUAAAUAUGAAAACAAUUUUAAACAAUCGGAAAACAAUGUAUUUCAAUUUUAAGGCUGUGCCCAAGCACCAUUAUACCAAGCGCGGUUGUUAUUUACUAAUAGUAGUUGCAGGUGCAUGUAUACCGCUAGAAAGUAGACAAUAAUUAGGUAAUUUAAUUUCCUGUUUAUAUGCAUGGACACGUUUUAAUAGUUAAUCAAGUCAAGUUAAAUGUGAUGUAUGUUGUAUUGGUUAGGCUUAAAUGUGUAUUUCUAUUCUAUCUCAAUGAGAUUGAGCCAUUAUGUGCCUAUAUAUGUUUACACGUGUAGCCUAACGAACCGGAUAUAAAUGUCUCCAUUUUUUUAAUGGCACAGAGUGUGAUGAUAUUGAUGAUGAUCAAGAUUAGCCUUCUGAUUUAGGUCUCAGCCGGAUCUUAAAGACUCAAGGAUAUUAGCUUUCUUAUUACUACCGAAGGGUUGGUUUAGCUUGUUCAGGUUUUGUUAUGUCUUGUGAAUGUGUUGAAUGUAACAAACUGCUAUUUUCAAUUCUAAUGAUAAUGACCAAGAUCUGUUACACGGAUACGUAAAGCAGUUCAUAUCUUUAUUCUCUUAUUAUAUUAAUGUACAGUCAGCAUAACUGUUAGCUUAACACCCCUGCAUACAUAGGUACAAUUUAUAGGUGCUUACAUGUAAUAGGACAUGACUGAUAGAGAAAACGUUGUCAAAAUGCACCCAGCGGUAGUUUUGAACAAAUGUUAGAAUUAUUUGAUGAUGAUGUGAAUAAUUAAAUGUAGGUGUUUAAGAAAAGUUAUGUAAGACUUUGGUAAACCUGUGGGAUGCAUAUAUUGCACGGUAGAAAAUCGAUUUAUAUCAGCUGACCUGAUAUUGGCGUAUCGUACAUUUUAUAGAUAUCAUAUUAGAUAUAGUAAUAUCAUAUUAGCACUGAGUAUAGGUAUAUAGUUUGCAUGUACUAGUUGUACGUCGAAGGCAAACAUACAUAAGUAAGAUACAUAAUAAAUAAAUAAAUAAAUAAAUAAAUAUUAUAGGACAUUAUUACACAAAUUGACUAAGUCCCACAGUAAGCUCAAUAAGGCUUGUGUUGAGGGUACUUAGACAACGAUAUAUAUAAUAUAUAAAUAUUUAUAAAUACUUAAAUACAUAGAAAACACCCAUGACUCAGGAACAAAUAUCCAUGCUCAUCACACGAAUAAAUGCCCUUACGAGGAUUUGAACCCGGGACCAUCAGCUUCGUAGGCAGGGUCACUACCCACUAGGCCAACCGGUCGUCAAAAUACAUACUUCGCCUUAUUACAAGGCGACAAGGUGCAAAAGUAUAACCAUAAUAUCUUUGAUGUCGUGUCGAGGCACUUUGAAGACCUGUCCAGAGAACGAGAUAAAUAAAUAUAAUAGGACAUUUUUACACAAAUUGGCCAAGUCCCACAGUAAGCUAAAUAAGGCUUGUGUUGUGGGUACUUAGACAACGACAUAUACAAUAUAUAAAUACUUAAAUUCAUAGAAAACCCCCAUGACUCGUGAACAAAAUAUAUUCAUGUUCAUCACGCAAAUAAAUGCCCUUACCAGGAUUUGAACCCGGGACCAUCGGCUUCAUAGCCAGGGUCACUACCCACUAGACCAGACAGGUUGUCAAAUGCUAUACUUCUUAUCUUUAGUAAAAUAUUAAUAUUAUAACGUACCAAAGUUAUAAA